AUGACCGCCGCUCCAGGAUCCAUCCUUACUCGAGACACCGAGCAGUACGAAGCAUGUCGCACGCGAUCGUUCAAUGCCGACGACCCAGGCAGAUUUCCGGCCGAAAUUCACCUGGUCCACACGAAUAAAGAUGUUAUUCAGGCCCUUGGGCGCGCUCGUCAGUUGAAAAAGUCAGUGGGCGUUCGUUCGGGUGGACAUAUCCCGUCAAAGCCCUCUUUGCUACACGACGGCGUCCUGAUCGACACGACACACCUCAACCGAGAGGUUAUCUACGAUUCCAAGACACAUGAGGUUAAUUUUGGUCCUGCCGUACGGGUAUUUGAAGCCUGGCAACGUUUGGAGCAACUGGGGCGUUUCUUUCCAUUCGGACACGCCCCAACGGUAGCUCUUGGAGGUUUCUGUCUUGCAGGCGGGCAAGGGUUUUUUAUGCGAGGCUGGGGUGCCACAAUCACCGAAUGGAUUGUGAAAAUGGAGAUUGUUGUCCCAGACGGCCGCGUCGUCAUUGCCAGCCGGACUGAGAAUCCGGAUCUUUUCUGGGCUGCACGAGGUUCCGGUCAAGCCUUCUUUGGCGUCGUGACCCGUAUCUGGAGCCGUACGGUCCCGAAAAGACAACUAUUUGGACGGUCUUUCGUAUUCACAGUCCAGGAAAACUUCGAGGAACUGCUAUCGUUUGCAUUUGAGCGCAAUCGCGCCACGCCGAAAAUGUGCACCGAGACGGCACUGUGUACCUUCUACCCUGAGAAGUUUGGACCUUCAACCACUGAAUUGGUGCCUGAAGCGUCCCAGCUGCUUCUGGCAGUCGCCGUUUCUGCUUAUGCCGACAGCGUUACGGAAGCGAAGACCAUGCUUAGUGCGUGGGAUAACCUGCCGGAGCAGCUAAAGCCUUAUUUGGUUGAGACCAAGCCAGUGGCAGAGGCCAGUUGGGAGGCAUUUUUCCAAGAUCAAGAACAUUGGAACCCAGAGAAUUCGGACCAAAAAUGGGGUAUCAACAGUAUUCUAAAUGAUCCAUCGGUCCCAGAGUCCAAGCUCAUCAAGGCAAUUAAACCAGCCCUGUGCAAUCUACCGACCCUGUCUUCAUAUGGAUGCCUGUAUAUGAGCGACACUGUCACGCCCGAUGAAGACGACGCCGUCUUCAGUUUGCCACAGCAAUAUUAUAUUUCCACCUUUAGUGGUUGGAAGGAUCCUUCCCUUCGCCCACUGAUUCAAACUACCAUGAGAGACUCAUAUCGACAGGCUGAGACUGUCGCAUGUGGAAUGUACGUUGCUGACUUUGAUCAAUCCAGUCAGUCUUUGCACUCUCCGGAGAUAAAGGUGUGGACGGACACGGCACGCGCACGAUUCCUAGCUAUUCGUAGGAAGUGGGACCCUGAUGGACUAUUCCCUGGCUACAAGGCAUUCACAGUGGGAGUGAAGAAUGACGUGUCACUAUAG